UUUUUUUUUUUUCCUUGAGAAAAUCGCAUCGUACUCUCUCUCUUUUCUCUCUUCUCAAACACACACCAUCCGUGGCGCUAACAAGCUUUCUCUCUCUGUUUUGUCUCCAAAGCCAAAAGUGGUUACUUAAUUUCUAAUGGCAGGCCUGAGAAUCUAACGCUCUCUCUUAUUAGGCUAAAGGUCGGUCUCACCUUUUAUCAAAAACGACGUAUCUUUAAAUUGGGGAGGUGGGGGGGGGGCCAUGGCAGACGCAUCGUCUUCAUCACCAAAGGAAGAGCUGGUUCAGCUGAUCAGCGGUUCGGGGNCUUUUCUUUUUCCCAAACUGGAUCUGGAUUCACGAUCUGUUGGGGCUAUUGCUGGGCUUGCUGUUGCAAUUGUCUUCACUUGGAGACUGUUGAGAUCACCUGACGGACCUCAAAGAAGGCAGCCAAAACGACAACCUCAGGUAACUGGUAGUUCUGUCAUCAAUACUCAGUCAAAUGAAACACAGAUGCCAUCUGGGGUUUGUUCUGCAUCAGAGGACACAAAGGUGCAAAAUGUUGUUGAUGAGCUCUUUCAGCCAGUGAAGCCAACCUUGGGGCAAAUAGUUAGGCAGAAACUUAGUGAAGGACGAAAGGUAACAUGCCGUUUGCUUGGAGUAAUCCUUGAGGAAACAAGUCCAGAGGAACUCCAGAAACAUGCAACUGUGAGAUUGUCUGCGCUGGAAGUGCUGUUGGAGAUAACAAAAUUCUGUGAUCUUUAUCUCAUGGAAAGAGUUCUUGAUGAUGAAAGUGAAAACAAGGUUCUUCAGGCUCUGGAGAACGCAGGAGUAUUUACUUCAGGGGGUUUGGUGAAAGACAAGGUCCUUUUUUGUAGUACGGAGAUUGGGAGGUCAUCUUUUGUUCGUCAACUAGAGCCAGAUUGGCAUAUUGAUUCAAAUCCAGAAGUUCUUUCUCAGUUAGCGAGGUUUAUCAAAUAUCAGCUCCAUGUUUCUCCUGUACGUCCUGAACGAACUGCUGCUAACGUGUUCAGCGCUCCAUCCAUAGAACAGUUUUUUGGAUGUACUUGAUUCACAAACUAGCAAAGACAACAGAAAUAUAUAUUAGUCUUCUUUUUCUCCCGAAUGGUUUUUAAUGUUGCAGGUCAUAGUUCUUGCCUGGUUGUUGUUCUGCACAGGUGGUUUUAGGUCGAAGGGAGAAGCUUUGUUUGUCUCAAAAUUUGUGAUAUAGGUUUACAUCUGAAACUUUGGUGACUGGGAAAAAGGUGCAUGAAAGAAUUGGUGUUUGUAACUUAUGGUAGUCAAGGAAUAUGUAAUUUUUAGCAAUAAUUUUGGUGGUCGAUACCAUAUAUUCCAACUCAUCUUUUUCA